AUGAGUACCGAAUUGCUUGCAGAUCUGCCGCCCGCGGAGGGUAGCAUGGUGAAUAAGCCAUAUAAGAAAGAGAGCAGUUAGGUUGGAAUCAGAACUAUAGCUAGACCAAAACUGAAAUGGAUGACAGACGAAUACUAGAAACGGAGAGGCACCAAAUCGAGCAGAUUCGGGAACUCGAAUUCGAGGAGUUGCAGGUCGAAGAGGUCGAUGAACUAAAUGACUCUUCCGAGGACGACCGUGAUGCUACUGGCUCCAAUGGAACGGCUGAAUUUACUUUCAACACUUGUUUGGCUUCGUUACAUACAUAUCUUGGUGAGGUUGAAGACACUCACCACAGGAUGGCUUUCUUGGAGGGGGGUGCCAUCUUUACCCUCCCAUUGUUCUAUCUUGAAGGAGUUGUUCUGUUCCCUGAGGCUACCCUUCCUCUUAGAGUUAUUCAACCGAAUUUUACAGCUGCUGUUGAGAGAGCCUUGACCCAAGUUGAUGCUCCUUAUACUAUAGGGGUGGUUCGCCUUUACAGUGAUCCUGAUGAUGGGCAGAUAAGUUUUGCAACCACUGGGACAACCGCUGAGAUUCGAAAACACAGACGGUUGGAAGAUGGUUCGCUUAAUGUGGUCACUCGUGGGCAACAGCGGUUUCGUCUAAGACGCCGAUGGAUUGAUGCGGAAGGAGUGCCAUGUGGAGAGAUUCAGAUUAUCCAAGAAGAUUUGCCAUUAAGGAGCCCACAGGAUGCAUUUGGGAAAUUGGGACCCCUGAGUAAUCUGCAAAGUCAUGGCUUCUCACGAAAUACUUCAUCAGGUGGAUAUGGCAACCGGGACAAUGAUUCAGAGGUGAAUUCAGAGGAAAGCUUUGAGAGUGAGCUUUCUCCAACCGAAAGGAGAAUCCAUGAAUCUGCUAUUGUUUCCGGCUAUAGAUAUGAUAUAAUGGAUGAAUCAACAAGCAGUGAUGAUGAUAUUGGAUUUAAGUCAGAAAUUCAAUCCAGAAUAUCUCAUCUAAAUGAUUCAGACUCCAUAGAAAGUUGGAAAAGAAUUGAAAAGAGUUCUAUAUUAGGAAAGCAAUCUCACAAAGGGGAAGGGUCAAAAAUGUGUUGCAGAAGGAUUGACUUAAGCCAGUUCCGUAGAACAUCAAGAGCAUUCUGGCCUUAUUGGGUAUACAAUAUGUAUGACUCUUAUUACCUUGCUCACAGGGCAUCAGAUAAAUGGAAACAGGUAGUUGGAACACCAAGCAUGGAGAGUUUUGUAAGGAAACCUGAUCUCUUGUCAUUUUACAUUGCGAGCAAAAUUCCUGUCUCUGAAUCUACAAGACAAGAGCUUUUGGAGAUUGAUGGUGUUUCAUAUAGAUUGCGUCGGGAAAUUGAAUUACUUGAGAGUUUUGAUAUUGUUCAGUGUAAAACUUGUAAGACUGCAAUUGCAAGGCGGAGUGAUAUGUUGGUGAUGUCUAGUGAAGGUCCUUUGGGUGCUUACGUGAACUCAGGUGGUUAUGUGCAUGAGAUAAUGACUCUCUACAAAACAAAUGGCUUAUCACUCGAAGAUCAUGCAUAUACAGAAUACAGCUGGUUUCCUGGAUACGCAUGGACAAUUGCUAGGUGCGGAGCUUGCGAAAAUCACAUGGGCUGGCUUUUUACUGCCACAAAGAAGUCAUUGAAGCCUAGAUCAUUUUGGGGGAUACGGGGUUCCCAAGUUGCAGACGGGACACAUAAAGAUUAGAAAUUGUAUCAGUUUUAAAUCCACUCCAGUCACCACGUAGUUUGGAAUUAUUAUUAGGGUUCAAAUCUACUUUGUAUGUAAGUAAGCUUUGAUAAAGGAAAGAAGGGAAAAAUAAAGCCUUCCUGUAAUCCAGACAUUUUAAGUUGCAAAAUUGUGUUUUUUUUUUAUUUUCUGUAAGUUUGAUUCUGGAUCAUGUCAUUUUAAUGAUGUUUAUUCGGGGCUGUUGAUUGAAUGUAUAUUGGUGGCUGUUAUGCA